CAGAGCCCCUGCGCGCCCGCAGCUUCGCAGGCUGGAUUCUCAAGGCAGAGUGCUGCAGUCAGCAUAUCCAGGGCCCCCUUGCCCUGCUUGCGUUGCCCCUGCCGCACAAGACCAGUCUAGGUAUGGUCCUAAAAUGCCUCUUGCAGUGGAUUGUACCGCUGAACUGAUUCGUUGCAAGGUCCUGGAUUCAUCUGGCAGAUUGAAGUCGCAUGAACUCAUCCUCUCUUACGGGCUGGCCCUUGUAAGGUUUGUCAACUUGAUCACAGAAAGAAAACAGAAAAUGGUCAGCAUUCCUCUGAGACAAUUAGCCAGAGAGGUGAAUAUCCCCAUCUGGGUCGUGGAUCUCCGUCAUGAGCUGACCCAUGGGAAGCUGCCACGGCUGGCUCUGUGCCGCAAAGGUUGUGAUGUUGUGCUGGACUGGCUACGGAAGACAUAUUGGAGCCGUCAGCUGGGCAAUAACUUGUGUGAAGAAAGUGAGGACGAGGAAGAAGAGCAGGAAGGGGUGGAAGCAAAUGCAGAGUUGGACAAUGAUGUGUGGGAGAUUCAAAACCCACAGCAUGAGGCCUGUCAGAAACACAAGGAAUUCCAUGAAAAAGUCAGAGAUGUGCUGUUAUCCUACAAGAACGAGCAGUUUCGGGUUAUGCAGACUGUGCAGUCUGUUUUGAAGUCUCGGGAACUGUGGUCUGAUUCCUCUUCAGAAGUGGAUUGGAUUUUGGCUCAGAUCAAAGACCUGAUGCAAGAGAACAGGGAGGCAGUGGCUGAAGCUCUUCUCAGUGAUGGCUUUCUCAUCCCAAAGAUGGAUUGUCUGAAGAUGCUAAAUAUCAAGUAUGAAGCAAAUAAAGAGGUAUGGCAGUUCAAAAUUCCUCAGACGUUUUACUGCUUUUGGCAGCCUUUGCUGACAGGCCUCCUUUCCCGAAGUUUUACACAGAUCCUAAUAGAGAAAAUGUUUAUGGAGUUGAAGGAAUGUUCUGACUCUUCAGAACUCCGUCCUCAGUUCUUGAUCAACUGGAUUUCUGAGAUGCUGACUGGCAUUGCCAAAGUAAACGCUGGGAAGAAAAGACAACACUGUAACAAACAGGUGUCUGUGAAGGACCUGUUCCUCCAUAAAGUUCCUUUGCAGUGGAUAAGACUGACUGAUAAUUGCUUGGAAGCUCCCUGCUGGGCAACCCCACACCUUCUCCAGCUGAUCCUCACAAUCAUGAGACCUCGCUUGCCGCGUUCUUCGCGGAAGAACCUUCUCUAUCUUGCUUCUGUUUACACGGAAGGAGGUGGCCCUUUGUCCAGUCCAGGCCUCUCUUCAGACUGCAGCGAACAGCCAAUUUACACUAUAGAGAGCCUACAGUGGAGGGCCAGGCAAGAAAAUCAGGUUAAAAAACAAGGGCAGACUGUAGAGAAACAAGAAGAUGUGCUGGAGAGAGAUGAUGGUGUAGAGGAGGUGGAGGAGGAGGAAGAAGAGAUGGUAACUGAAACAAAUCCCUUGGAAGGACUUGCUCAUUCUGGUAACAUGAUGGCUAUUGCUGAGAAAAGGGCAGCACUGCAAGGGUCCGCCUGGCAGAUCACUGCAGAUGAAGUACGAUGGAGAGACUUUCCUCUUGGGAAACUCCCAGGUCAGACAGAUGACCCUGAUAGUCUCAUGUUGGAUAAUUAUUCCAUGAUGUCCCUGCUUGAUCAGCCAGUGGGAGAUGAGUGGAAGUCUCCCAAUACAAACUCUGCAGAACUGACUAUUCCUGUGACAGGAGGACUGUUAUGGACCCAGAAUGACUUCCAUAAAAUAAAAAGUGGCCUUCAGCUCUUCUAAGACAGCAGAGUGUUCCGCAGCUCUCAGUAUUGCACAAGAUAAGUGGCAUGGAAGAACUAGUAAUGCUGAUGGGGAAAUAGCCACGCCAGGAUUUUUUUUUUUUUUUUUGGUGAAGAUUUACUGGUCUGAUUUUUACUGUGUAAAAUCAAUAUUUUAUACAGGUGGUGUGUUUUAAGUUCCAUGUGUAGUAACCAUUGUCUUGCUGUCUUGCUUAGCCACUGUCAUGAAUUUUUAGCUCUAGCUGAUGUUUGCCAAAUACAGUUAAGAGUACUUCAGAAUCCCUCAGUGUUCCUUAAUAUUUUCAUGGUUAAUAAACACAACCGACUGAAGGCCAACCUUCUUUCUGGAUUCUGUUUUUCCUUUUUCACUCAGGUAUUGUGGAAAGUGUCCUCUGGUCCUCGUUGGCCAAAGCAUUGAGCCCUUCCUAUUUGAGUGACUCUAAUGUUGUCCUGUCUGAGUUUGUGUGGUUUUGCCAGGAUAAGAUUGUGCUACCAUUUUCACCUAGCUAGGAUUUCACGUGAAGCCUCAGGGAUCAAGCCUAGGUACAGCACGGCUGAGUGUGCUGUAGUGCAUAGAUAUCUUCAAGAAUUUUUUUUCUCACCAUUUUUUUCAAGUCAUAGUCUUAAGGCCACUACUGUCUCUUUUUAAUUACAAUUUUCUGCUUGAUGUUAUUUGUGUGCAUGAUUUUGCUGAUGUUGGGAACUUGCUGAGUACUUUGUUGGAAACUUGUUGAGAAAAGGGGCUUCCAGAUAGUUUUUCUUAAAUUCAGUUUUCUUUACCAGUAUUAAAGGUUCUUGGAAACUGGAGGCUUCUAAUUGCCUGUCAAAAAAUAGGAGUUUAAGCAUGUAUGUAUUGCAGGACUCAGUAAGAAUUUGUUGGAGUGCACCGCUAGAUAGUAAGACAGAGCCCUUCUCUGAGCCAGUCUAAUAAUUUGGAGUAUUUACAAACUAAACAGGAAUAGGAAGGUGUCAGUGCACCAUUGUGAAAUGGAGUCUUUUUAGUUCUGUAGAGAUACUGCUGACAUUAUGUGCUAACGUUCUGCAGAAAGUGACACAAAAAGGGACACAGAGCUUUAGCAGUACAUUGGGUAGGACUGAAUUGCAAGUUUAGAACAGCAACUUCGUGGCUGCUUUGGGCUGGCUCUUGAGUAAAGACUUGGCUAAAUGUCCAUAAUGUCAGUAUUAUUUCUUUCUUUCAAUUUUUUGUCAUCCCGUUCUGCUGCAGUUACUCUUUACCAGACAGCCACAAGUUGUUUAAAAUGGAAGAUACAUUGCACAUUUCCUUCUCCUAAAAACAAGCAGUGCUAAUGCAAAAGAAGUUUCUCCUUUUACCCAGCAGUUCCCCAAGGUUAUUUAGGAAAUUUUGACUGAAGAGGAUUUGUUCUUUUAUUUCUGUAUUCGGUAGAGUAUUAAAUUACUUAAAUUAUUGUGUUUGGUACUUCCUGAGGUCUGCCAAUGCAAAUAAGCUAACAGUUCAAAAAGGAAAGUGUGAUGCUGUCAAAUACUGUGCUAUAUGUAACCUUUGUCCCCCUUUGGUAAAGGUUUACGUGGUCAAAUCACAUGCUUCAGCUGUAGUUUCUGCCCUGUGUGUCUGCCAUCACCCACCUAGUGAACUAAGGAAUAAAAAUAAUGGUCUCUGAUGUAAUUGCAGAGUCAAGUAGAACAGUGGAAUCCGGUGCUGUGGAUGACUUGAAGAAAAGCACAAAACUGCCAGAUGGUUUAAAAAAAGAAUGGAAAUAAUACUUGAGGAGAAGCCGUAGUAAUGGCAUGAAUUUUAAAUGGAGUAUUACUGGGAGCUGGGGGAAGGGGGGAGCAGGCUUGAAACAAAGUGUGUGUGUGGGAAGGUGGGAAAAGUUGGGAAUGGUUAGAGAAAAGAGACAUACAUGUUUUGAUUUUUUAAAAAGUGAAGGGGCUUCUACUAAAGCAACAGAAGCAUAAAACCUGGACAGUUAUGUAUUGCUCGGUUCAGGAUUAUGAAACUUGGUCUUUGUUUAAUCUGAUUAAUUCACAGGAGGAACAAUUUUGUAGCUACUUUCCCAAGAACCUGGGAAAUGACAACAUUACUAUGAGUAAUACAUAAUAAAUGCAUCAAUAGCCUUAACAGUUAAAGCCAGCUGGUUCAGAUGAUGUAAAAAGCAAGUCAGUAAACAGUUACUGUAUCUGGUACUUCUGAGGUCUGUCGAUGCAAAUGUAACUGCAAAAAGGAAAGGGUGAUCCUGCCAAAAAAUUACGCUGCGUAAAUUUUUUUUCCCUUUGGUAAAAGUUUACUUGGUAAAAUUUGUUUUCAACAUGCUGAUUACUUUUUUUGCUAGAAGCAUACUCAGUGGGGAUAGGAAAGGCAAUGUUGAUGUAUUCCUAAAUUUUUUUUUUUUUCCUUUGCAUUAGUUAGGGUUCUUGAGAUGGCUUUCUCCCCAUAAAUUCAUCUCUCCAGACAGAUUUUCACUGAAAAAACAUCUCCAAAGGGGAGCUAUAGAGAGGAUUGGAGAUAAAUCUGGGACUGUAUGGAAUACAUCAUGCAAAUUGGAAUUGCUGAGGAAGUUGAGGCCUGGCUCCACGGCUUAGGAAAAAGCAAUUUUGUAAUACAGUUGAAAUAUUGCAAGAAAUAGAGCUGAUACGGGCUCUGUCAGCAGACAGGCUAUGGGUACAGAAGAGGAGUCUUAAAGCUGAACUCUCACCAUGGAAAUAACAGUGACAGAUCUAACGCGCUGACUACGCUGAGUCCUGUGCACUAAUGCUUCAGGUAAACCUGUGGCAGGUCAAGAUGAAGUAGUGUUUCAACUCUGUGGAGCAAAGCUGCACAGAAAUGACUCGUGCUCCCUCUCUUCAGUGUGGAGUUUUAAAAAUUACUACAGUCAAAACACAUCCCUGUGGUUUGGUGUACAUCAUCAGAAUCCAUGCAUGUCACCAGGUAUUUUUUAACUGAAUUAUUUCAACAGAUUUUUUGCAUGUUCUGACUUAAUUAUUAAGAAUUUCAAGAUGCCAAAAUUCACAAUUGGCAUUAAAAGUAUGCAGUGGGGAACUCACCUAGCUAGAUGUUUUGGGUUUGGUGUUUUUUUUGGUUUUUGUUUUUGAUGAGGAUCCUUCUGCUUGUUCCAAGCAACCAUACCCACACCUUCUAUUUAAGUUUACAGUUAAAGCAUUUUUACAAAAGCAAACAGACUCACACUAGUGAAUGAACUACAUGCAGCAGCAACUGGAGCAGUGCACGCUCAUUACUACAGAGAUUUACGAAUACCACACUCCAGCUCAACAUCCAUUUUCACUCAUUUUGUCAUUAAGACUUACAUUAUAUUUGGGUCAACCAAAAAAACCCAAAGAUAUUUAUAAAAUUUUACAACAAUUAAACAGUAAUGUUUAAUUCUACAAAUGAAUAAAGCCAACUACUGCAGCUUGGUACAACAACAACAGGACUAACAGUAGUGAAAUCAUUUAUAUGUACAAUUUAAUAUAUUACUGACAUGUAAUUCUUACAAAAAACAAUAAAUAACUUAGACUGGCAUCCCAUAAAGCAUUUGAUUUUUGAUUCAUAAAUUUAAGGUUAUACACUUUUAAGUGACAAAUUAUGUGAACGUAAUAUAGCUAGAGAUGAAAGAUCAGUAGAUCAGAACUCCCAGAG